UUGGCCUGCAGGGGGCGCACGGAGCGCACGGUGCCUUUCGCUCCUCUUCUCUUCUCUUCUCCUCCCAGUUUUCCAGCAAUGCUGCAGACUGAGCCCUCUCCAUCUCUGACCGAAUCGGAUGCCUCCCUCCUUCUUCCUCCUGUCCUUACUGUCGAGCUCCUCUCCAUCGGAAUAUCACAAUCCCGCCGGGUAACAACACCAGAUCACCAGAUCACGAGGACCCAUCAUCCAAAUUAGUCAUGAGACUUUUUCAUUCUUAUCAAAAAAAUGUGAAAACAGACUCUAAGUUGUUAUGCCCCUAAGACUCUUAAAUGGAUGAAAAUACUUUUUCAUUACUGAUUCCAUGGAUGUGUGAUUUUUAAAGACCUUACGAAGGAAAACCAGAAGCUCAGAUCUGUCCCAAUAAUGUGUGAGCAGGAGGAAACAUUCGGCGUCAGAAAGCUAAGGAAUAACAACCCGAGGGGUGGAAUACAGACUUCUGAUGAUGCUAAUGCCAAUGAAAUCCAGACAGAGGAUGGAGGGACCACUGGAGAUGCUGGUUCCCUGUCGGGACUCAACGCUGAAUUUGCCGUGCAGGACAGAGUCAUCAUCUGGGGCACCGACUCGCAGUGCGACGACCCGGAGCUGGCCGAGUUUGAGAUGCUGGAGUGUCAGGAGCUGGAGGCCUACCUGGUUGAGGACGGGGAGGACUUUGUCGGGCUUGCAGAUCAGGAGCUCCAAGAUCAGCUCGCAUCGAAGCAAGCAGCAGCUGGCCGGAGCCGGGGGCAGAGGUCGGCCGCGUGUGAGCAGGAAUCAGCCGCCUCCCAACUGUCCGAGAGCAGAGAGCUGACCAGGACCGAGCUGAGCUCUGACACCGAUGUCUUUGUGACCUGCUUGUCCAACAUCUCCAGCAUCGCCACGGCCACACCGGUGACGGACUCCGGGAACCUCGCCUCCGGAUCUCACCCAGUCGUCCUAGAGGACCAGACUCUGGAUUCUCACACUUGUGGCCCCGUCUCAGAGAGAGGACAAAGAGACGAAAAAAGCACAACGCACCAAAGGGAUUUGGACGUGAAUUUGAAUUCCUCGCUUCUCUCGGAGAAUGUGGAGUCACAGGCACAAGAGAGGAAUGAUGAGCACAAGCAGAACAAUAACCAGAGGAAUGAUGCAGGAAAUACCAUUUCAGAGGGAGACUGUGACUACACCGAGCACGAGGCUUUGUCCUGUGCAACAAAGGCACUUAAAGAAAGCAGCGUGACGAUGGAUAAAAGCACACAAGCCGAUGGAGCUCACGAUGUGAUGAGUUCAGGCACAGGUACGGAAGGAACUCAGUCAUCAACCGAAUGCAAAGCCAUACAGAAGCAGGGAUCGUUUGAUAACACUCCGACGAAACAAAACUCCUUUGACAGGAGUGUGAAAAAGCAGCCUUCGUUUGAGAAGACUUUGAAGAAGCAGCUCUCCUUUGAGAACACAUCUAAAAAGCCGGGCUCCUUUGAAAACGCUCCGGCUUCGAGCUCGUCCAGUCUGGAGAGGAGGAAGCCGUGGGGAAGCCCCGCUCGACCGGCAUCCCCCAAAACUCCCUCCUGUUCCCCCAAGAGACGGCCGUCCAGCUCCCCGGCCACGGUCCAGAGCCCCCGAGCGCAGGCGGGGGGGCGCAGCGACUCGCCCUGCCAACCGGUCAAGCCUCCAGCUAAGACCGGUCUGAGCAGCGGCAUCCCCAAACCCGUGGUCCCCCAACAGAAAGAGGUGGACCCCAGGAGGUCUUCUCCCGUCCAGAGGCCCAAGAAUGUUCGGCCGAAGAUCAUCACGUACGUCCGGAAGAACACUCAAGCAAAACAGGAAGACGACGGGGGGCAUGAAGCUUCUACACACCCAGCGAGGUCCUCCCACUGUGGCCCCCCCGCCCACAGAGACUCCAGGGCGGUUCCUCAGUCCAGAUCCACCCCGGUGCUCAGCUCCACCAACGCCUUGUUCGACAAGUUUCGGCAGGAGAUGCAGAGAGCGGGAUACUGUCCUCCAGGCCCGGCUGUGGGCGGGGUCAGGCCACCGGGCGGCCACGCCUCCCAAAGGCCGAGCGGGAGGUCCGAGAGUUUUCAUGAGGAGAUGUCCAGGAAAUAUCUCCAAGAGCAUGUUUCACAAGAAGCAGGAGGUGUCUACCGCUCACCCAGAGCCUUGAGGCCUCAGCUGGGUUUGGGGGCGGUCACCCGGCUGCCUGCAGCCAAGACCAGGGCUCCGCAGACCAAUCAGAAGCCGUGUCCGGCCUCACACCAGCCGGCCAGGGCGCCCACAGCCGCCCACCAGGAGCCCAGGGGUCUUGGAGAGCAGAGGAGGUCCGGUCCAGAAACCACUCCCAAAGGCAUCCUGCUCAGAUCGGGCCAGUCCGGUCUUCGUCCUCCGGGCUUCUCUUCCCUCCCGGUCGCCCGGCUGGCCUCCCUCGGCUUCGUCCGGAGCUCAAGUGUCUCAUCUGUGUCCAGCAACCAAUCAAGUGAAAGCACUCACAGUGAUCCCUGCAGAGCAAAUCAGCCUUUGAGGAGAGAGGUCACAGAUGCCACGCCCUCCCCAAAAUCCUCCCCGAAAAGGUUUGCCGUGGUCUCACCCAAACCGCAGUCCCCCGCUCAUGGGCAGAACGCGGGGGUCCAUGGUUCUGGCCGGACGGUGAGGGCUCAGGAGGUAGACCGGGCUCUGAUCCAGCAGCUGCAGGGGCGCUGUGAGCUGCAGGCUCUGCAGCUCCAGAGCCUGCAGGCCCAGUUAAAGAAGGCCUUCCUAUGCCUGGACGUGUUCAGCAUCACGACACAGCACUUCUGUCUCAAGAGUGAGAGUGCUGUUGUGAAGGAGAGGGAACUGUCCCUGGAACUCACCAAAAUCAGGGAUGAAGUGGCUUGCAGCGUGGCACACUGGGAGCAACUGCAGCGGGAGAAGGCGGACGUGGAGCGGCGUUUUGAGGCAGAGCUGCGGGGGCUGCGGGUCCAGCAGCAGGAGGAGCUGGGAGCGCUGGAGGAGCGGCUGAGGGCUCAACACAUGGACGCCACCGAGAACCUGCAGGCCAUACAGCAGGCCGAGCUCCAGGAGCUGCAGUUAAAGCAGCAAGAGCAGCUCGAGGAGGUGACGGAGAACCACGAGGCGUCUUUGAUGGAAAUGGAGACGACUCACAAUGACACGCUGGCCACUCUGCAGGAGGAGCACGCCCGCACUGUGAAGAAUCUGAAGAUGGCCCACGAACAGCAGAAGAAGUCUCUGGAAGAAGAGUUUCUAAAGAUCCGACUUUCCCUUCAGGAUCAAGUGGACACGCUGACAUUUCAGAAUCGAAGCCUAAGAGACCGAGCGAAACGGUUUGAGGAAGCUCUCCGCAAGAGCACAGAUGAGCAGAUAGUGGACGCUUUGGCUCCGUAUAAACACAUCGAAGAGGACCUGAAGAGCCUGAAAGAAGUCCUGGAGAUGAAGAAUCAGCAAAUUCAUCAACAAGAGCAAAAGAUAUCCGAACUGGAGAAAAUAGCUGAAAAGAACGUGUACCUGGAGGAGCGACUGCAGGUGUUACAGCAGCAGAACGAGGACCUGAAGGAAAGAAUAGACAAGAAUCUUGCGGUGUCCAGACAACUCUCCGAGGAAAAUGCCAACCUGCAGGUGCACGUGGAGAAGGAGAGCAACGAGAAGAAGCGGCUGAGUCGCACCAACGAGGAGCUAAUGUGGCGCCUGCAGACGGGGGAGUUAAGCCCUCACAUGACCCCCACUUCCUCCCCCAUCCACCGACCCCCGUCUGGACCCUGCUCCCCCGCCCGGCCGCACUCCUACCAUCAAUGACGCCCUCAACGGGAGCUCUUAAAACAAACGCUUUCUUUGAUCAAUGUCAGAAAGUCCCUCAUUUUUUCUGCCCAAUGGCACAUUCUUCUUUUAAUUACUCGUUUGUUUGUUUGUUUGUUGGGAGGCAUUUCCAAAGUCAAACCACGGGAAUUUCAAUCUUUGACCGACUGAAUUGUAUCGAUGACCACUCCUGAUUGCAUAAGAGGAAGCAUCUCAGCUCCCCAGAAAGCCGGAAGAGGAGCUCGUUCGCUCCACCUCGCAGUGCCUCAUCUCCAUAUUUUUGCCUCCAUCUACAUCUCCAUCUCCCCAUCCAGCACUCAGGAUGAUGGAUGAAAAAAAAGACGUAGAAAAACCAUGGGAAGUGCUACUACAAACACAAGAAGCGCCUUCUACCGCCUCCCCCACCAGCAACGUCUGCCCGGGCACAGGUCAGACCCGAGUACAGUCACAAAGCUACCUACAGUCCAUCGAUCUCAAAGGGAGGAUUCUUCUCUGGGGCAAUAGUUCAUAUAUCAGGAAUAUCAUGAAUGAAUACCAUCAGGAACAAACCUCUGUCAUGCAUCCUACAUUCCUCUAAAACCAUUUGCUGUCAGCGAAUAAGAACUCACUGAACUGCCAACACAGUCCGACUAUAUUACCUACCGAAAUUUGUAAAAUCUGUACAGGUAUUUCUCUAUUUACAGCAUGGUUUGUCUUCCAGUGACAGUUUGUUUUAACUUAACCUAUAGUGUGAUGAUGAAUUAUAGAAAGGCAAGGAGGCAAAAUAAGUUAAAUCUUCUUUCUAUUCAAACUGAACUGGAUUUAUCAAAAUUACAGAAAGAGAUGAUUGUCAAGUUGGAGUCCGUCGCUCUCCACAUGGGUUCAAAAAGUGUGACUGUGUUUCCCAGAACCACCAAAGAGGGAUCAAUGGGAACAGUGCUUGAUAGUGUACUGCAUCAUCUAUGUUUUUCGAGUUUGUUGCUGCAGAAUCUGCCAAAAAUGCUGCUUUCAAGGUAUAAUUUCCAUGAAUUUUUACUCUUUUAAUAUGCACAGUAAUUUAUUAGUUUCUUUAUUAUUUAAGAAUUGUUGCUUUUUCUGUGUUGUUGAAUAUAUAUUUAUUUUUCACCACAAAAAAAGGUAUAAAAUUAUGCCUCCCAAACUCCAUAACCGUACCUCGAGGUUGACCUUUUCAGCAUUUAAAGUUAUUUGAUCAAAAACAGAAAAAUGUUACCUCAUUUCUCAUUGUAACGACAAAUAUCUCAGGACCUGAGACGCAUUUAGAGUCAACAAAGGGAGGCGACUGCCAUAGCGUUUAUUUAGUAUUCAUUGUCUUUUUUUUCCAUGUUUACAUACGGCAUCCAAUCAUCUAAAUAGUCUGUAUUGCAAGAUAUUCUUUGUAUACAGUCAUUUGGGUGUUAGCAGCACGUGGACAUAUUCUGAAGAGGUUAGUGCAAUGUGUGAAAAUAAAGUGUUUUAACACGUAUUACAUACAUAUUCCUUAAAAGAUGUAGAAAUAUGCCAAAUGGAGAUUUGGUCGUCACUCCAUUUUACUGAUCGGACAAUAAUGUGAUUGUGUUUAUCCGGAGGGAAGAGGAGAAGAAGUGGAAACCGCCUUUUUUCCCCCAUCAGGUUCUCUGAUUGCACUGAUUGCCUCUUGUGUCCUGUGGACACGACGCCGUGCUCAUUUACUGAAUGUUCCUUUAACACUACAGUAAGCGUUUGUUUACAGUUUGGUUCCAAACUCAAAGAGGGAUGUCUGUACUUCUGUUGAUCGUUUACAUGACUUACGUUGAAUGAUUGCAUUAAGUAGUUCAGAAGUUUAUUGUUUGGACGACUUUGUAUGAAAGCAUGACCUCACAUAAGCUUGUGCGUUAUUUUUGUGUCACUUCACUUUUAUUCAUGCGUCCUGCUCCAGAAGUUAAAAUGUAGCUCAUCUGGUUAAAAUGUCAACAAUGAUGAGAGUUGAUGGCUAUCUAUAUGUUGCACUUUGUAUUCAAGUAUUAAAUCACGUUACGCAAACCCAGAAACUGUAUAGAUUUACUGAUUUAUGGGUGAAUAAACCGGAGUAGCUGGAGAUAACCCACGCAGAUACAGGGGGAACAUGCAAAAGGCAGAAAGAUCUCCAGGGAUUUCAACAGCUAACCACCACACCGCCAAGAUUUAACUACAAUAUAAAGCUCAAUCUGUUAUAAAAAUAUAAAUGUUAUCAUGUACACACUAGGCCUCCAAGACCACAUUUAUUAUGGUAUUAUAGACAUGCAAUGGAAAACUCCAAAAGUUCCAACAACAUCAACACGAACAGCCAAUCUGACCUCAUCUAUUUCAUAAAACGUACUAAAUGAGACUCAGCCCUUCCUUUGCAUGAAGCUCUGCAUCAUAUCUAUGGGCAGAGGGAAGAUGAUGGUGGAGUUUUUC